AUGGCCGGGAAGAUGCUGUCACUGCUGCCGCCGUUGCUGCUGGCCGCGGCGGGCCUCGCCGGCCUCCUGCUGCUGUGCGUCCCCACGCGCGACGUCCGGGAGCCGCCCGCCCUCAAGUACGGCAUCGUGCUGGAUGCUGGCUCUUCGCACACAGCCAUGUUUGUCUACAAGUGGCCGGCGGACAAGGAGAAUGACACAGGCAUAGUGGGCCAACACAGCUCCUGUGAUGUUCGAGGUGGGGGCAUCUCCAGCUAUGCAGACAACCCGUCUGGGGCUGGCCAGAGUCUCGUCGAAUGCCUUGAACAGGCGCUUCGGGAUGUGCCCAAAGAGAGACAUGCAGACACGCCCCUCUACCUGGGAGCCACAGCGGGCAUGCGCCUGCUCAACCUCACCAGUCCAGAGGCCUCAGCCAAUGUGCUGGCAGCGGUGACACAGACACUGACCCAGUACCCCUUUGACUUCCGUGGUGCACGCAUCCUCUCAGGCCAGGAUGAGGGGGUGUUUGGCUGGGUGACUGCCAACUACCUGCUGGAGAACUUCAUCAAGUAUGGCUGGGUGGGCCGGUGGUUCCGGCCAAGGAAGGGGACGCUGGGGGCCAUGGACCUGGGGGGUGCCUCCACACAGAUCACCUUCGAGACAACCAGUCCCGCUGAGGACCAAGCCAAUGAGGUGCAGCUGCGGCUCUACGGCCAGCAUUACCGCGUGUACACCCACAGCUUCCUCUGCUAUGGCCGCGACCAGAUCCUCCAGAGACUGCUGGCCAGUGCCCUCCAGACCCACGGCUUCCACCCCUGUUGGCCGAGGGGCUACUCUACCCAAGUGCUGCUUCAGGACGUGUACCAGUCACCGUGCACCGUGGCUCAGCAGCCCCAGGCCUUCAACAGCAGCGCCAGGGUCGGCCUAGCAGGGAGCAGUGACCCCGCCCUCUGCCGCGACCUCGUCUCCAGGCUCUUCAGCUUCUCCUCCUGCCGCUUCUCCCGAUGCUCCUUCAAUGGGGUCUUCCAGCCCCCCGUGGCUGGGAACUUUAUCGCCUUCUCUGCCUUUUUCUACACCGUGGACUUCCUGAGGACUGUGAUGGCGCUGCCCGUGGCCACCCUGCAGCAGCUGGAGGCAGCCACAGUGACCGUGUGCAACCAGACCUGGGCUGAGCUGCAGGCUCGGGCGCCAGGGCAGCGGGCUCGUCUGGCCGACUACUGCGCGGGGGCCACGUUCGUGCAGCAGCUGCUGAGCCGGGGGUACGGCUUCGACGCGCGCACCUUCGGCGGCGUGACCUUCCAGAAGAAGGCCGCGGACACGGCUGUCGGCUGGGCGCUCGGCUACAUGCUCAACCUGACCAACCUGAUCCCCGCCGACCCGCCGGCGCUGCGCAAGGGCACGGACUUCAGCUCCUGGGUCGUCCUGCUGCUGCUCUUCGCCGCAGUGCUCCUGGCCGCACUGGGCCUGCUGCUGCGCCAGGUGCGCGCCGCCAAGUCGCCGGGCCGCAUCUAG